UCACUUAGCACAGCUUCUCGAUCCUUUGCGUAUUGCCAUCUUCAUCAAUUUUUUCUGAACCAGCACACCAUCGUCCAUUGAUGGCCGGUAAUUAUCGAAACGGUGCCGGUCGCUACUUAAAUGCACUCGACCCCGGCACCACAGCCGACGGCACUCUUUCGCCGUAUAGAGUAGUGUAGUUCCAGUCCAACAUCCAAUUCCAAACAGCACGACCGCGAGAGUGGUUGAUCAAUCCGGAGAUCCGAUUCGAUCGGAUCUGGCAGAGGCGCGCGGCGAUCCGUCCUUAUUUGAUGGGGGUGGCGGCCAUGGCCGCCUUCAUGGGAGUCCGAGACGCCAUAUCAACGGGCGCCGGCGGAGUGGCUGCAUCGGCGGCGAUGGCAGCUGGUGGAUCUCCGGAUGCUGCCCUGAACUUCGGCGACGGUGCCGUCCUUCCCUACUCGCCGGCCAAGGUGAAGACUGCCCCUAGGGGCCGCGCAUCCUCGUGGUCCUCCCUUCUCCUCCUCCUCGGCCGCACUCGGAAGCUCGCCAAGGUCCGGCUCCUCCUCGCCGCCGGUGUCCUGCUCGCCCUCGUCCUCCUUGCUAACCCGGUGGGGCCUCUCAUUGGGUGGAAUCACCAGCCGUCUUCGUCCGCCUCCUCGCCCUCCAGGGAUGGCUACAUGGUGCUUAUUAACACUUGGAGGCGCAAUUCUCUUCUCAAGAAAGCUGUGGCGCAUUAUGCAUCAUGUCCAAAAACUGAUGCAAUACAUGUAGUUUGGAGUGAGAAUGACCCACCACCAGAGAGCCUUAAAACCUAUCUCAAAAAUAUUAUAAUGUCACGGUCCAGGAACUCACAGAAGCCUAAACUCCAAUUCGACUUGAAUGAGGAGGAUAAUUUGAAUAAUAGAUUUAAGCCAAUUAACAGUUUAACAAAUGAUGCAAUAUUUUCUGUUGAUGAUGAUCUAUUAAUUCCUUGCUCUACACUGGAAUUUGCAUUCACAGUAUGGCAAACUACCCCAGACACGAUGGUUGGUUUUGUUCCUCGCAUGCACUGGUUGGUUGAGGAGAAGAACAGUGUGGUUUAUUACAAAUAUGGUGGCUGGUGGUCAGUAUGGUGGACAGGCACUUAUAGUAUGGUUCUUUCAAAAGCAGCAUUUUUCCAUCGGAAGUACUUGGAUAUGUAUACUUACAAGAUGCCAUCAACAAUUCACGAUUAUGUAACAAGAGAAAGGAAUUGUGAGGACAUUGCAAUGUCACUACUUGUUGCUAAUGUCACUCAGGCUCCUCCCAUCUGGGUCAAAGGAAAGAUACAUGAGAUUGGUAGCUAUGGUAUUAGCAGUUUGGCAGGCCAUAACAAAAGGAGGAAUAACUGCCUCAAUGACUUCAUUUCCCUUUACGGAGCUGUUCCUUUAGUUUCAACCAACAUAAAGGCUGUAGAUGCACGAGAAGAAUGGUUCUGGUAAACGAAAGGUCAUCCUCUGAAACUGCAUUUAUCAACAUGCAAGUAGACAAUCACCCAUGUCCUGUUUCAAUUCUGUUUAUCUUCUUGCUUGGUCUCUGUGGUGAGGACUUAACAUCUGCAGAUUUUGCCACUGAAUUCUUUCUUCAUUUUAAAUGUCCUGAUCUUCUUACCUUGAGAGCAUGGUAGGAACACUUCAUUCUUUUUGCCAAAGCUGUGUUAGCAGACAUUUGUUAUACCUAAACAAUGUUUACGAGAGUUAUGAAACAACCACUGAAUUUGAAUUUAAUGACACAAACACUUUAUUUCUAUAUUCCUUGGCAUUGACAAUUUACUCUAGUGAAUUUACAUUGGUCAUUUUUUUCAAGGAUUGAAUUGAUCUCUGAAACCAUGCUUUAGCACAUCUUGAAAUUGGAGUGGAGAAAGAAAUAGCUCAGAGAAGCUUGAUAUUAAAAUGUGGAUUAUCAGAUGUUAUAUUAAUUAAUAAUCAUAGUGAACACCUAAUCCUUAGAACAUGACCUUUUGGAUCUUGCCUUGAUCAAACAAUAUCAGUAUAUUGUAAUCUCAUCCUUCCAUCAACAUAAUGCAUAUUAGAAGAAGAUAUCACUAAAUUUUUAACAUGUUCAAGCAUUACACAUAAAUGUCUAGAAACAUGAAAAAGCAAGUCAGCAAAACUUGACAAGAAAUCAGCCAUAGAUGAGAAACAUGGAGAUUGUUUACUACAGUGAACUAAAUACAAAUAUACUGAGAGAGAGAGAGAGAGAGAGAGAUGAGAAACAUGGAGAUUGUUUACUACAGUGAAGUAAAUACAAAUAUACUGUUAGAGAGAGAGAGAGAGAGAGAGAGAGAGAGAGAGAGAGAGAGAGAGAGAGAUUAAUGGGGAAUUCUCUCUCAAAUCUGUAGGUUAACAGGAAUGAUUGUCUAUAUAGCUACCCCCAGUCUUAAACCUUUGUUCUUGUGGUGGUAAGGUCAUUGCCACUAAUGAUUAUUGCUUUAGCUAAUGUCGACCUGAGGAACAAAACCUGGGGAAUGUGAAUGUUAUAAUAGAUUCUAUGGUGAUGUAUAACUUUGCUAUUGAUUGCAAUGGGUUCUUAGAACCUAAUGCUUAUUGUGCAGGGAUAGGGUAUGUUAUCAUGGAUAAACAAGGAAUCGUUGCUGCUGGUUGUCCUCCUUACUGUGUGCAUAGUGUCAAAGCAAAGCAGUUUCUGAAGGACUCAGGAGAGCCAGAAUUGAUGGCCUGAAGAAUCUGUGAGAUCGGAUGCAUUGUAAAUGAUGAACUGACUCAAUGGAAAAGUGGAGUUCAUUGAAGCCACCAGAAGUUCGAUAGUUGAAGACGUUUGAAAUUUGAUAUAUGUAAACAAGAAUGUAACUAUUUUGGUUCACAACGUUUUGCAAAAUUUGGUAGAACGGAACCAUUAUUGGCAGUUGAAGUCAGCUUGCUUUUGGUA